AUGGUCACAGCCGCCCACUCCAAGGAUGCCUACGCGUCUUCCUCGUCACUUGCUUCGAAGCCGCACUCUUGGAAGAACUAUGUCUGGGAUACCUGGAACAAGCCGGCGGAUGAGCGCCGCUUUCUUGCGCGCCUUGACGCGUGUCUGAUCACCUACGCUGCACUCUCGUACUUCAGCAAGUACCUGGAUCAGCAAAACAUUACUAACGCUUAUGUCUCUGGGAUGCAAGAAGACUUGAAUCUGGGUGGAAACCAGUUGAACUACAUCACGACUGCCUGGACAUGUGGUUACGUUAUCGGUCAGCUCCCAUCGAAUAUGCUUAUCACGCGGGUGCGCCCGUCGAUCUGGAUCCCUGCGAUGGAGCUGCUUUGGUCCGUCCUCACAAUGUGCCUUGCUGCUAGUAAGAACUUCUCGACGCUUGUCGCCAUACGCUUCUUCGUGGGGUUGGCCGAAUCGACAUUCUAUCCCGCUAUCCAGUAUGUCAUUGGAAGCUGGUAUAAGCCAGAGGAGCUGGGCAAACGUGCUUGUAUCUUUCAUACGGCAAGUUCUAUUGGGCCCAUGGUCAGCGGAGUCUUACAGGCGGGGGUGUACAACGGGCUGAAUGGCAAACAUGGUGUUGCAGGGUGGAGAUGGCUGUUCAUCAUCGACGGAGUCAUCACGAUCCCCAUCGCUCUACUCGGCUUCCUCAUUAUGCCUGAUCUUCCUACUACGACGAAACCUUCCAUCUUCCUCAGCGAGGAGCAGCUGGAGAUUGGCAAGAGGCGAAUGGAGGAGGUCGGACGUAAACCCCCUUCCCACUUUACAAAGAAGAAAAUUCUAUCAUUCGUCUCUACUUGGCAUUUCUGGACCUUGGUACCACUGUACAUCCUGUUCAACAAUGGAUCGGGUGGUUCAAGUAGCAUGAUCUUCUGGUUGAAGAGCUUCAAUACUCGCGCGGGUCGCACCAUCUACACUGUUGCUCAGAUCAAUCAGUACCCGUUGCCCAUAUAUGCAGUGACCAUCACGUCCACACUCAUCUACGCCUGGUGGAGUGAUAUUGUCCGCAAGAGGUGGCCACCCAUGCUCUUCGCAGGCACAUGGUCCAUGAUCACAUACGCCGUCCUGGCAUCAACGCCGGUCUACACCCACAUCACCAGGCGCUGGGUCUUCUACUACUUCUCGCAGGUCCAGGGUGGCCUCUCCGGUCUCAUCCUUGCGUGGGCUAACGAGCUGACCGGGGAUGACAACGAGAAGCGCUCUUUCGUGGUGGCUUCUUGCAACAUGUGGGCCUACGUUUUCCAGGCAUGGCUCCCUAUUGUCAUCUUCCCUCAAGUCGAGCAACCUGUUGUACACAAGGGUAACGUUGCUACAGCGUGCAUCAACGCCGGCAUGAUGUCAUUCGCGAUGCUCACGCUCUUCAUGCAAAAGCGCGAGGAGCGCCGUAAGGCCAAAGAGCCUGAACACCUCGAAGAAGGUCCUCGCGCUCUUGAGGAGCUUGAGUACGGUGAAGAGGGCCUAGAUAACAAGGACGACAAGUUCGUGACAGUCACCGCUGCGGAUUGA